UCAUAUGUUUUACUUCCAGGUUGCUAGGAUCCUAAGGCAGACAGCCACCUCAGUAGGAAGAGAGUGCGGAAGAAAUGAGUAACUUAUGAAAUGGGAUGAAAUUAAAAUUUAAAUCUCCCUCUUUGGGAUCCUGAUGAGAGAUGUAUGGUCACUGCUAGAAGAUGCAGGAUUUCACACAGAAAGUGACUGGGAAUAGUUCUACUAACUGCACCAUUAAUCACACCAUACACCAGAUUUUAUCCCCCACUAUAUACAUACUUGUCUUUGGAGUAGGUCUCCCAGCUAACUGCCUCUCGCUGUACUAUGGAUACCUACAGAUCAGGGCCAAAAAUGAACUGGGGAUCUAUCUGUGCAAUUUGACUAUAGCAGACCUGUUCUACAUCUUCUCUUUGCCUUUCUGGCUGCAGUACGUUUUGCAGCAUGACAACUGGACCUAUGAUGCAAAUCUGUGCAAAAUCUGUGGCAUACUCCUGUAUGAAAACAUCUACAUCAGUGUGGGCUUCCUCUGCUGCAUCUCCAUUGACCGCUAUCUAGCAGUGGUACAUCCUUUUCGUUUCUAUCAGUUUCGGACAAUAAAGGCCGCUGUGGUAGUGAGCAUCAUAAUCUGGGGCAAGGAAAUUCUGAUGAGCUGGUUUGUCUUUAAGCAUGCUGAUAUUAGUAUGGAUGCAGAGAGUCAUAUAAUAUGCUUUGAACACUAUCCCAUCAAAGAUUGGGAGCACAACAUCAAUUACUACCGCUUCUUUGGUGGCUUCCUUUUCCCCUUUUUCCUACUGCUCUUUUCUUACUGUGGCAUUUUACGAGUUGUCCACAAGAGCCAUGGUACACAAAAGAAGACAAAAAUCCAAAUUAAACGUCUGGUUUCAAGCACAGUUAUAAUUUUCUUGGUUUGCUUUGGACCAUACCACAUCCUGUUGGUAAUUCGCAGCUUGUUUGAGAACAACUGCAUGUUUGCAGAGAAAAUCUUUAACAUUUACCACUUUUCUCUCUUGUUGACUAGUUUUAACUGUGUUGCUGACCCAGUAUUGUACUGCUUUUCCAGUGAGAGCACCUACCAGAAUUUUGUCAAAAUGAGAGACUCUGUUUUAACAUGCCUAAGAUGUUUAAGGACUAAACCCCAGGUAUCCUACCAACUGAAAACUCUAGAAACUCUCAGAAAAAGCAACACUGUACCAGCAGUUGAAGAGCCAGAGUUAUUAAACAAACUACAUACUGUUAAUGAAAUGAAAGACUCUUCCAUGGUCAGUAUAGACAGACUUUAGCACCCAUUAGAAAGGCAGACUGAUCUAAAGUUUCCAGGUCUAAGUUUGGGUUUCAGUCUUUGGUUUAUAAAUGUAUUGCAACUGCUUUACAUUCUAAAGAGCUUAAUAACUCAUCACUAUUAUAAGCAGAGCUGAGUUGAUACACUUUCCAUGGGGGGAAUUCCUUAGUUCCCUUGAGUAACCUGGGCCUUUACAUAGGGCAGGGAAAAUAUACACCAGGUCAGUUUAGCUCAGGUCACAUGUAUAUAUUACUGACUCAGUAUAGUGCUAGUCAUGGGGAAGCUGCUUUUCUGAUGACUGGACUGGCUGAAAUAAGAUGUUAGUGGUGUGAAUUUUCCAUAAUGGUCUUUAAUUGGUGAUUGUUUGUCCAUGUAUUGACUUUAUGAGAAAGCUGUCAAACUCUGUGAUCAUCUUGCUGAAAAGGUGGAAGAUGGAACAAAUUAUGUAAAAUGAAGUGAUAAACAUUUCCCAAAAGAA